AUGGCCGGCCUCGUUCAGGGAACCGCCUUCAUCACCGGUGCUGCGUCUGGUAUCGGUCAAUACACGGCCCUCGCGUUUGCCCGCUACGGCAUCACCAACCUGGCGCUGGCCGACAUCAACCUCGAGGCCUUGGAGACGACCAGCAAGCAGCUCCAGGCGCAGUUCCCCAAGGUCAACGUCCUCCGCCUGCAGGUCGACGUCCAGAGCGGCGAGCAGGUCAAGGCCACCGUGGCCGCCGUCGUCGCGCGGUUUGGCCGCCUCGACAUUGCCGUCAACAACGCGGGCAUUGGCGGCUCCGGCAAGCCGACCCACGAGGUCGACGAGGAGGAGUGGCGCCGGGUCAUCAACAUCGACCUGGACGGCGUGUGGCGCUGCCAGAAGGAGGAGCUGGCCGUGAUGGUCAGCCAGGAGGACCGCGGCCCCCGCGACGGGCGCGGCCGCAUCAUCAACACGGCGUCCAUGUACGGCAUCGUGGCGCCCGGCAGUCGCAUGGCGCAGACGGCGUACGCGGCGGCCAAGCACGGCGUGGUCGGCCUGACCAAGGGCGACGGCAACACGUACGGCCCGCACAACAUCCGCGUCAACUGCAUCUGCCCGGGCUACGUCGAGACGCCGCUGCUGCUGCGCACCAUGAGCACCAACCCGGACUCGCCGCUGGGCAUCGACAUUGCGCGCACGCCGCUCAAGCGCAUGUGCGCCAUGGAGGAGAUUGCUGAUGCCAUUGUGUUCCUGGCCUCGCGCAUGAGCAGCUUCAUGCAGGGCGCGGCGCUGAUUUCGGAUGGCGGCUUCACCACGCAGUAG